UCUGAGUAUCAGAAUAGAGAGAUAAUUAGGAUAAGAGGGAAGAUGACACCGCCGUGAAUAAUUACCAGGGGGAAAUUGAAUCAGCAUGUGAACAAUGAUCAUUAUGUGUUAUCACUCAUAUCUGCUGCAUGCUGUAGAUGUAACCUGUGGAGUAAUUCACACACAGGGCUGAUUACAAGUCAUUACAGUGUAGGAUCAUCCACUCUCCUUGGUCCAGUCACAUGACCCCCUGGUAUAGCCCUGCCCACAAACUGUGAAGCUCUCUACCUGCUGCAGGAUGACCACGCCCAUCACACCUUUCUGCAGAAUUACUCCGCCCCUGUGCCCUGAUUGGUCACUGCUGUGCUUAUAGACACCUGGUUAUGUCCUCAGGGCAGACACAAGCCUCUACUAGCCUGAGUGUGACCAGCUGAAGCCACCAGAGCCCUGGACAACCCUGAGCUCUACCUCUCCUCUGCAGACAUGAGCAGCCCUGAUGGUGGAUACUCCAGUGACGACCAGCUCCAGGGAAGGUGCUCAGUGCCAGUCAUGAUGUCCAGCCUGGGCCAUUGCCAGUGGACAUCUGACAUCUCCAUCAACUCUAUUAUGGAGAAGACCAAGAACAAGUUUGAAACUGCCAACCCCAGAAGCAAAACUGAUGCUCGGAUUCGCCGUCCAAUGAAUGCAUUUAUGGUGUGGGCUAAAGAUGAGCGCAAGAGACUGGCCCAGCAGAACCCGGACCUGCAUAAUGCAGAGCUCAGCAAGAUGUUAGGACAAACAUGGAAGUCUCUGACGCUGGUUGAUAAGCGACCAUUUGUAGAGGAAGCUGAGAGGUUGCGAGUACAACACUUGCAGGACCAUCCCGAAUACAAGUACAGACCUAGGAGGAGAAAGCAGAUAAAGAGGAUGAAGAAGGCAGAUGAGAGUCUUUACCCAGACACAGACAUACCCACCUCUGCAAUGCUCAUCACAGAUGGACUCAUGGCAAUGGACAACUUUACCAGAGCUUACCCAGAGCACCAGGCCAGUCAUGUCUCACAGAACAUUGCAAGCAAUUACAAGGAACAUCAAUCUAUGUCACACUAUUACAAACCCUACAAUCUGCCAACAUCCCCGAUGCCCCAGAUGACUCCAUUACACCACUCAUCAUCACCUACCCAAGACGAAAACCAAAUGAUGCCUUACACCUACAACACUUCCUAUUCCUUUCACUUCCAGCAAAACAAUCCGUGUUCUAAGUAUGGAAGACAAAUCCCUAAGUCAGAACAAAGUUCAUUGGAGAAUCAAGAACAAGUCUCUCCACAUUUGUACUAUUCCCAACACUAUGUACCUACCAGCAGAGCUCACCAGAUGGUACAACCAGGACAGUCAUCACCUCUUCAUGAGCCGGAACCCAUUCAUAGAGCAGAGCACUUCCACCAGAGCCAGCUUGUGGGGGACAUUGAUAAGAAUGAGUUUGAUCAAUAUCUCAUGCUCGAUGUCAAGUUUGAUGCGGAGCUGAACUCUCACACAGAGGGAGUGGACACCACAAAUCUGCUGCCAUCUUUAAUCUCAGAAUCAAGUAAUAUCUGUUGCUACAGUUACUGUAGCACAUGAAGCUCUUUUCAGUUCUUCAUAUAGUGUGAAGGCCAAUGGGACAUUAAAAUGAACUAUUAUUACUGUGCAUUGCCAGGUAUUUUACAAGAGAAAUCAGAUAUAUGUGAAAUAUAUUAAUUAUAGUGUAGAUUUUGUAUUUCACUUUGUACUUGCUUUGUAUUUUUAUA